GAUCUUAAAGUCCAACCCAACCCAUCCCUACCAUGCCCAUAAGCCAAAGAGGGUCUGGUUGUCACUCAGAAACCAGUAGUCGUGUAGGAACCCAUAGUUGUGUAGGAACCCAUAGCUGUGUAGGGACAAGUGGUUGUGUAGGGACAAGUAGUUGUGCAAGGAUAAGUGGUUGUGUAGGGACAAGUGGUUGUGUAGGGACAAGUGGUUGUGCAGGGACAAGUAGUUGUGCAGGGCCAAGUAGUUGUGCAGGGACAAGUGGUUGUGUAGGGACAAGUGGUUGUGUAGGGACAAGUAGUUGUGCAAGGACAAGUGGUUGUGCAGGGACAAGUAGUUGUGCAGGGACAAGUGGUUGUGUAGGGACAAGUGGUUGUGUAGGGACAGGUGGUUGUGUAGGGACAGGUGGUUGUGUAGGGACAAGUGGUUGUGCAGGGACAAGUGGUUGUGUAGGGACAAGUGGUUGUGUAGGGACAAGUGGUUGUGUAGGGACAAGUGGUUGUGCAGGGACAAGUAGUUGUGUAGGGACAGGUGGUUGUGUAGGGACAGGUGGUUGUGUAGGGACAAGUGGUUGUGCAAGGACAAGUGGUUGUGUAGGGACAAGUGGUUGUGUAGGGACAAGUGGUUGUGUAGGGACUGGUAGACACUCGUGUAAGGGCUGGUAGUUGUGUAGGAACCGGUAGUCAUUUAGGGACCAGUAGUUGUGUAGGAGCUGGUAUUUGUAUAGGGACCAGUAGUCACAGAGGGACUGGUUGUCACUCAGGAACCAGUAGUUGUGUUGGAGCUGAUAGUCAUGUAGGAACCCACAGUUGUGUAGGAACCCGUAGCUGUGUAGGAACUGGUGGUCGUAUAGGAACCUGUUGUAUGGGAACGAGGCACGCUGCUGCUUCUAAGCCCCUCAGAGGAGGCACCACAGCGCACUGCACGCCCUGUCUGGAGGAGCAGAAGGACGUUGUCAGGGCUGUCAGGAGCAGAGGGAACAGUGUUGGUGGGCUCCAGGGGUCAGCACUGGUGUCACAAGUGGACAACAUGGUGAGCGGCUUGGAGAAAGGCCUGGGCCACCAUGGUGGGGACAGCUAUGGCCGUCAGUGCCCCAAAAUGGGGGACAGCCUCCAUCCCCAGCAGCUGCCAUAGGGCCUCCAGUGAGCAGUGGGGUCUGGUGGGAGGGAACACAGUGAGCAGUGGGGUUUUGUAUGGUUUGAUGGGAGGGGACACAGUGAGCAGUGGGGUUUUGUAUGGUUUGGUGGGAGGGGACACUAGUGAGCAGUGGGGUUUUGUAUGGUUUGGUGGGAGGGGACACAGUGAGCAGUGGGGUUUUGUAUGGUUUGGUGGGAGGGGACACAGUGAGCAGUGGGGUUUUGUAUGGUGUGGUGGGAGGGGACACGUUGUGUGUUGAGGGCAGCGCACAAAAUGGCAGCGCCUUCUGGGGUCUGUGGGGAUGGCGAUGGGAAAACCUUCCUCCGACAUUCGGUGACGUGUUUUGCUGCCGGCAGUCACCCAUCGGUGUUAGGGGGACCGAAACCUCUCUGCCAUGCUCCGUGCCCCUCGGCCGUGGCUGGUUUAUGCUAUUUCCCAUAGCGGAGGGCUGGCAUUGGUGCGGCCUUCCUGACCCUUCUUUUCUCUUUUCCUCUCUCCUCCAAGGCUGCAAGAUCAAAGCUCUGCGGGCCAAGACCAACACGUACAUCAAGACGCCGGUGCGGGGCGAGGAGCCGGUCUUCAUGGUGACGGGGCGGCGCGAGGACGUGGCCAUGGCACGGAGGGAGAUCAUCUCGGCGGCCGAGCAUUUCUCCAUGAUCCGUGCAUCGCGCAACAAGGCCGGAACCACGUUCGGCAGCGCGCCCACCUUGCCGGGCCAGGUCACCAUCCGGGUUCGCGUCCCCUACCGCGUGGUGGGAUUGGUGGUGGGCCCGAAAGGAGCCACCAUCAAGAGGAUCCAACAGCAAACCAACACCUACAUCAUCACGCCCAGCCGGGACCGAGAUCCCGUCUUCGAGAUCACCGGCGCGCCGGGCAACGUGGAACGCGCGCGGGAGGAGAUCGAGACCCACAUCGCCGUGAGGACGGGGAAGAUCUUGGAGUACAACAACGAGAACGAUUUCCUGUCCAGCAGCCCCGACUCCAGCAUGGAGAACCGCUACUCGGAGGCCUGGAGGGUGCACACGCCGGCGCCGGGCUGCAAGCCGCUCUCCACCUUCCGGCAGAACAGCCUGGGCUGCAUCGGGGACUGCUCGGUGGAUCCGGUCUACGAGACGCCGCGGCUGAACGACCAAAACGACUUCAAUUACGGUUACCUCUUCCCCAACUACGGCGUCAACAAGCAAGAUCUGUACUACGGGGUGCCGGAAUCGGGCGCCCCGAUGUGGGCCGGGCAGGAGAACGCCAACCCGGUCUCGGUGCUCUUCUCCAAGCAGCAGCGCUCCAGCAGCACCGGCGCCAUCCACCCCAACUCCCACCGCUCGCCGUCCUCUUCCAUCCAGGAGCCCAACCUCUCCGCUCUCCCUCGGCGAUCGCAGGGGGAGCCGCUCCAGGGUUUUUCCAAACUGGGGAGCACCGCCGCUGCCCGGACGUCCGUCUCCAGCAGCCGCGAGUGCAUGGUGUGUUUCGAGAGCGAAGUGACGGCGGCGCUGGUGCCGUGCGGCCAUAACCUCUUCUGCAUGGAGUGCGCCGUGAGGAUCUGCGAGAGGACUGACCCGGAGUGCCCGGUGUGCCACGCUGCAGCCACUCAGGCCAUUAGAAUAUUUUCCUAAAGAGACAGAGCCAGG